GAGUAUUUACUUUAGAAUUUUAUUUAAAUAUCGUUCAACGAUAGGAUUGAAUAGCAUAUAAGAUGUGCUAUGAACUGCAAUUCAAAGAGAUCUGCCGGACAGUUUUCAAAAUGUGGGAAUUACAAAUUUCUAAAGGAUAAAAUCUUUUACAUAAAUUCCACGACUCAGCGAAUAACCUAUCUUCAUAUUGACAACCAUGAGUGGCUCGAAACUAUUAAUCGCUGCUGUCGCGUUGACGAUUUCGACUCAACUCAUCUCCGAGGUUUUUGCCGCGGAUACAACUUCUUACAUAGGUGCGGUUGUCGAAUACUACCCGGUUACAAAUGGAACAAACGGAACGACAAUCGCAAACGCUAAUGCUGAAAAUUAUGUCACAAUUAUGGAGAAAGCUGCGACAUACAGCACGGACAUCAUCGUAUUUCCAGAAAGCUCUUUGACAAUGGGACUCGAUUCCUCCGACACGGAGAGAACUUUGUUUCCUUUAUACAGCUCUUUUAUACCAGACCCAGGAACAGAUGUACCCUGUGAUAAUUCGUCGACUGUCGUAAUGGAGGCUCUACGUUUGAUCUCAUGCGGAGCCAAGAAUAACUCCAUGUACGUCGUGGUGAACUUGCACGAGAAAGAGAACUGCACCACGACAGGAACGUCGUCUCGUCCCUGUCCCAGCGACGGUUAUUUCUACUACAACACAAACGUGGCGUUCGAUCGAAAAGGAGCAAUUGUAUCAAGAUACAGAAAGUUCAACCUCUUCGGCGAGUGGGGAUUCAACAUAACUUCGACCCCAGACAUCGCGACAUUUACCACGGAUUUCAACGUCACCUUUGGACAAAUAAUCUGCUUCGACAUCCUCUUCAAAACCCCAACUCUGACUCUGAUCAACGACUACAAUGUUACCGACAUCAUUUUCUCGGUACACUGGUUCUCCGAGAUGCCGUAUCUGACCUCCGUUCAGACCCAAACGGCCUGGUCCUACACGAACGACGUCAACCUUUUGGCAUCAGGGUUCAACAUGCCAGCCACUGGCAGUGGAGGUAGUGGAAUAUACGCUGGGACUAAUGGAAGAUUGGUCAGCCUUUUCUCGGAGAGUGCGAAGAACGCUCUUUUGGUGGCGAGAGUACCAAAGGUGAUCGACGGGGUCCGAAGCAACGUCACUUCCACGACCAAUCCGCUGUCCUACGAGUUCAGUAACACAGAAAUCACGACUCUAGUUGGUAUAACGACGGUCGCUCAGCAAGCAUUGAUGCAGGAUAUUCUUACGCCCUACACGACGAGUGUUUUAUCGUUGACCAACGGCACAACCGUCAGUUGGAUCGAACUAUGCGAUCGGCAGCUUUGCUGUUCGUUUUACGUCAACAUGACGUUCGAUGCAGGGAGUGUCGAUUCGAGUGCGAAUUAUUACAGAUAUCGCAUCGCAGUAUUCAACGGUGUGAGAACACAUAGCGGCGUAGCUACCACCGGUGUCCAAAUCUGCAGUAUUAUUGCAUGUACAGAUGAUACGGUCGGCAGCUGCGGGCUGAGGUUCGCCGCUACGGAUACCGUUUUGCAACCGACUGUCUUCAACGACAUCGUUGUAUCCGGUAAUUUUUCUACCACCUCUGACACGAUGCAGAUGCCAGAUUCGUUGAGCAUAGACAUUCUUCCAUUAAGCAUCAGCGAUUUCACCUACAAGAAAACUGCCAUAUCUGGUUCAUCUUUAGCAAAUAUCACCCACGCUUUGACCACUAAAACAAGCAAUCUGUUAACUUUCGCUAUUUAUGGUAGAAAUUUCUCGGCCGAUGGCUUGGCAGUCACCGAAAGCGUUGUAUCAUCCGCGAUUUCAUUCUCACGAUUAUCACUGGUCUUGACUACGGUUUUUGCCGUUUUAAUUAGCUUACAUAUUUGGACUAAGUAUUGAGAAAAUAUACUCUUUUUAUGCAAAAAUUCACUGCCGGAUAUUAUGUACGUAAAUAAUUACUUCUAUAUACUUCUAUGCAAUACAAAAUUCGCCGCUUACGAGGUGAAGAGAAAUUACUGUUGAAACCGUAGAUUUCAUAUUUUAUUUUAAGAUAUUACAUGAGCUUACUAUGUAAAUAGUAAUUACGAACUGUAUUAAACAUGCAAUGAAUUUAGUGAUUUAAAUGUCUAUUUAGAUAAAAAUCUAUGGUGAGCUCAAUAGCUAACUUGUUUGCUUUCGAACACUUCACCUCGCCUCGCAUUCUGUUU